AUGGAGGCGGCGGGCUUGCUGUCGCCCGGGGGCCGAUCGCGGGAGCCGGCGAUCCGCGGGCUCAUGGCGACGGACGCGCCGCGGCAGCGCGAGGUCGUGUCGACGAAGCGCCGAUGGUACGAGCAGCCGAGCUCCAUCAUGGUGGCGACCAUCGCGGCGAUCAUGGUCUUCGGGGCCGUGAUCGGCAGCGACGGCGAGAACCUGCUCUCCGGCGCGCCGGCCGGCGGGAGGGCGCCGGAGCGCCUCGCCGUGGGCACGGCCUGGAAGGGCAACGGGACGACGCGGACGAUCACGAUGGAGGAGAUGCUCGAGGUCGACUCCGUGCGGACGUGGCUCGACAACAUCGGCGUCGUCUGGGACGACCUCGACGACCGCGAGAAGAUGAAGUUCCUGCCGAGCCGCAUGACGGUCUACGUGGACCUGGAGGGCAUCGAGGACGGAGGCACGGGCGCGUCGGGCGGCUACGUCGCGUUCAACGUCGCGAACAACCAGGGCUCCAACGCGUCGAAAUACUUUAGCUCCUUUCUGAUCGUGAUGGACUACGCCUCCGGCGACAUCGAGCUCAUGCUGCCGACCUUCGACGCCCAGUCCUACCCGGGGCUGGCGGGCGGCGACAUGAACACGACGUUCUGCGCGCUCAAGUUCAAGGACCCGGACACGAUGCUGCUGGGCGGGAACAUCCAGCAGACGGAGUACGGCGGCUCCUAUACGUUGCGCUGGCAGGACAAGGACCUCGACUUCGAGAUGCUCCCCGGCGGCAAGCGCACGAGCCACAACUGCCACGACAUCCAGUGGUCCUUCGACAAGAAGUCCUACUGGAUCCCCGCGGGCGGCGGCCUGGGCAACUCCAUCAACGCCAUGGACGCGGCGACGGGCGAGCGCGUCGAGGACAUCGGCUUCUUCGACAUCACGCAGGACAUCAACCAUCUGCAGCUCGUCGAGCACGACACGCGCGGCUACCUGUCGAGCCGCCUGACGUCGGCGGUGCUCCGCGUGAACAUCACGACGGGCGGCGUCGACUGGAUCGCCGGCGGCGAGUCGGGCACGCUCACCGUCGAGAACUUGGACGGCACGAUCUACACGCCGGGCAGCUCCGAGCUGCCGUUCUACGGCCAGCACAACGCGGAGUACUUUGGGGAGAACGAGAUCUUCAUGGUCGACAACCAGUACGACGAGUCGAGCCCGUCCUUCUUCCGCGUCUACGAGGUCGACGAGGCCGCGAUGACGAUGCGCGAGACGUGGAACUACGCGUACAGCACCUACCCCUUCGGGAACAUGCCCUUCUACGGGGACCUGGACCGGCUGCCGACGUCGAACGUGUUGACGACCUUCUGGCCCGGGUCGCUGCAGAACCUCACGGAGGGCAGCAUCAACGCGGAGUUCUACGUGUCCGAGAUCGACCGGUCCGACGGCGACAAGGUCGUCUGGGAGGCGGCGGUCUACGGGCUGAACUCCAACGACUGCGAGAAGACGGGCGGCGUCUCCGCCUGCGCCCGCAACUCCUGGGGCGGCUGGCGCGCGUACUCGGCGGAGCGCGUCUACCUGCACCCGCUCGUCUUCGACGCGACGUGCCGCGUGGACAAGGCGAACAACACGGUGCUGCGCUUCUCGACCGUCAACUCCAUCAAGCAGAACGACCCGACCAAGGCCUCGUUCCGCCUCGAGGAGCAGGGCGAGGCGGGCCGGGCGAAGGUCUUUUCGGGCGACUUCACGUUCGUGCCGCACUGGCGGACGACGGAGGUGAUCCAGACGCUGGCGACGUCGUCCCUCGAGGGCAGCCUCUUCUCCCUGACGGUGACCAACGAGUGGGACGCCUUCAAGACGACGGACGUCCAGUGCAUCAAGGCCGACCCGGCGCCCGAGGCGACGGGCGCGGCCUUCACGCCCGCGGUCCCGUCGACGCCGCAGGCUGCCAUCCACUCCGCGCCGCCCAUGGCAAUGAGGAUCCCCGUCGUCGUCACCGGCCUCUGGCUGUGCUUCCUGGGCCUGCUCGCCGCGAUCAGCAGCGGCAUCCCGAAUUGGGCGCAGCUCGACUAUUCGAUCGAAUUUGCCGGCAAUUCGAUGUCGUUGGACUGGACCGGCGGCCUGUAUAAGGCGAACAUGCACCAAGAACGAAGCGGCGUCUUCUUCGGAUCCGAGAAGAAGGACGACGACUACACGAUCACGAAAGGCGACGACGACGACGUGUUCGAAGUCAACCGGGCGUCGACGACGUUGCUCGCCUUGGUCCUCUUCCCCGGCGGCCUCGUCUACGCGGCGCUCGGCGCGCUCGGAAAGACUCUGAAGCCCGUCGAGAUCGCCGUCGGCCUCGCGGCGGUGAUCUUCGGGAUUUUUGGCUUGAUCGGCGGCGGCUACUGGUACAAGCAGAUGGACGUGGACGACGACACCUUCGACGACGACGACAAGGGCUGGGCCCGGUCGCCCUGCACCGCGGGCUGCGAGCUCGAGCUGUUCGUGGGCGCCACCGCGGCGACGUCCCAGUGGAAUUCCAACUGCCGCGGCAGGGAGGCGCGCGGCGCGGCGGUCACGAUGACGGUGGCGACGACCUGGUAG